AUGGUCCAUGAGGUUCUAGACAGGCCCAACCACGAUGAAAUCAUUGGAUGCAUUGUGUUCAGUUGCAAGGAAGGGAAAAAAGGGCAAGACUGCAUCUAUAAACAACGUGAAAUAAGGGGAGUGCAGAAGUCAGCUGGAGGUCGGAGGAGGACAUGUCAGUCGGAAGAUGAUAAUAAGGGGAGGAAACAAAGAGAAUGACUUCCAUUCUAUCUCCUACACGUAUCCUCCCUCCACUUUCUUUUCUGCUUCUGCAACAUCAAUUUUGGGACUUUACGUAACAUCUCCAUGGAUUCAUACUCUGCUAAACGAGCUGUGAACUGGGUUAGUGCCCUUAGAAAGGGAUCAGGUCCUUCUACACGCGAUACUAAUGGCACUAGAGAUGAACCUGAACCUAUUCAAUUCUGCAAUCGAAUUGGAUGCAGUGGCAGAUUAAACCACACAAAACAUACGCCAAAUCAAAUCGUAAGUAUCCCUAAAAGGCCUUCCUCUCGAUCUUCAAACAUCAAGGAAGUAGUGACAAACGUGAAGAAACCUCUCCACGAAUCCAAGAAGAAGCUAUCUUCUAAGCCUGAAAUUGAACAACUUAAAACUUCAACAACUAAUCAUAAGUCAAAAUCCAAAAGCACUGAGUCGAAUGGUAGAACAAAUGGUCAAAAACCUGGUCUUGCAAACUAUGAUGCUCAAAUUGGUUUAGCUAGGAGAAAUACAGUAAAGAAAAGAUCCACUGAAGGAGAAACAAGUUCAUCUAGAGGCAAGAAGACAAGUGAACCAUUAUCUGUAAGAACUCGGAGAUCUGUAAACCUAAAUGGAAACAAUCAGUCUGUGGUUCAGUCUAAUGGUGAAACUUCAUCAGAUCAUGGCUUAUCUAGCAUGAUGACUGCUGGAUACAAUGUUGAUGCCAUUGCAAAUGUAUUACUGGCACUUGAGAGAAUCGAUCAAGAUGAGGGGUUAACAUACGAGCAAAUUCUAUCUUUUGAUGGAAAUUCAUUCCUUGGUGGCUUCAAUUUGUAUGAUCAACACAGGGACAUGAGACUAGACAUUGAUAACAUGUCCUAUGAGGAACUAUUAGCAUUAGAGGAUGAAAUGGGUAUAGUGAGCACAGCAUUAUCUGAAGAGGAAUUAUCAAAAUGCCUUAAAAUUAGCAUAUAUGAACCAUUGCAAAUUAAGGAUUCAAGAACAAUAACCAGUUGGUGUUUGGAUGAAUCAAAAUGCAGCAUCUGUCAGGAGGAGUUCAUAGCAGGAGAUGAAAUAGGAAGAAUGGGAUGUAACCAUGGUUACCAUGCUGUGUGUGUAAACCAGUGGCUGCAGUUAAAGAACUGGUGCCCUGUUUGCAAGGCCUCUGCUAAACCAUGA